CCAUCAUCUCCAACCCCCAUAAUAAGCACAAGCAACAUAAUAAGCACAAAUAGGGUCGACGUUCUUUACCAUUGCAAUCACUCUCAUUUAACUUAUCCAUUCCUUUCCCUUUUUCCCCGUAACUUCUUUUAUCCAUAAAAUCUUAAGAUAGCCAACCUCUAUAGCUAUGUAUAACCAAAAACCAUCUUCUCCAACAUCUUCAUUUCUCCCUUGUACAAAAACCCUUUUCAACAAAACUGCGGAUCUUCCCAUUCCCAAUGAUGAUGAUGUUGAACUACAUAGAUUCCCUACUCUCUCUGAGGCCCUGGAAGAGAUCAAAGCCAUCGGGAAGAUCUCAGGCCCGACAGCGAUCAGUAGUUUACUGCUAUAUUCAAGAGCUAUGAUCUCCAUGCUCUUUCUUGGAUACCUUGGUGAACUUGAGCUCGCUGGUGGUUCUCUUGCCAUUGGUGUUGCCAACAUUACUGGUUACUCUGUAAUCUCUGGUUUAGCCAUGGGAAUGGAACCCAUUUGCGGACAAGCUUAUGGGGCCAAACAAUGGAAACUCCUUGGGUUAACACUGCAAAGAACGGUGCUUCUCCUCCUCUCGGCUUCUAUCCCUAUCUCUUUCAUGUGGGUCAACAUGAAAGCUAUCCUUCUUUGGUGUGGUCAAAACCAGGAAAUAUCAUCCGUGGCUCAUACAUUUAUUCUUUUCGCCAUUCCCGACCUUUUUUUCCUCUCACUUCUUCACCCGCUUCGAAUCUACCUCAGGACUCAAAGCAUUACAUUGCCCGUAACUUACUGUUCAGCCAUCUCUGUGGUUCUCCACGUCCCCUUGAAUUACCUCCUUGUUUUCCAUUUCAAGCUUGGUGUUGCUGGGGUGGCUAUAUCCAUGGUUUGGACCAACCUCAACGUCUUCCUCUUCCUCUCUUCGUUCGUCUACUUCUCGGGGGUAUAUAAAGAUUCUUGGGUAACUCCAAGCACCGAUUGUCUCAGGGGAUGGUCCUCUCUGCUUGCUCUUGCUGUACCAACUUGUGCCUCGGUUUGCCUUGAAUGGUGGUGGUACGAGUUCAUGAUAUUGAUGUGUGGUUUGCUUGUUAACCCCAAGGCUACCAUUGCUUCCAUGGGGAUCCUUAUUCAAACAACUUCUCUAGUCUAUUGUUUCCCUUCAGCUUUAAGCGUUGGAGUAUCCACAAGAGUUGGGAAUGAACUCGGCGCAAACCGGCCCGGGAAAGCUCGGAUUUCCAUGAUCGUCUCCCUCGUUUGCGCAGUAUCGAUCGGCCUCUCGGCCAUGUUGUUUACAACCUUGAUGAGACACCAAUGGGGCAAGUUUUUCACCAACGAUACCGAAAUCCUCGAGCUUACAGCCGUUGCAUUGCCUAUUGCCGGGCUUUGCGAGCUCGGCAAUUGCCCACAAACAACCGGUUGCGGUGUGCUGAGAGGUAGCGCCAGGCCGACCAUUGGAGCCAACAUAAACUUGGGUUCAUUCUACUUCGUGGGGAUGCCAGUAGCUAUCCUAAUGGGGUUCAUAAUAAAAAUGGGGUUCGCCGGACUCUGGCUCGGUUUGCUUGCGGCUCAAGCAUCAUGCGCUUCCCUCAUGCUAGUAGUUCUUUGGAGAACAGAUUGGAUGGUCCAAGUGGAGAGAGCAAGAUUGCUCACACAAACAACAAAUACAUGUAACAAUAAACCAGUCCCUCCAUUGCUGAUUUCACCUAAACCUAAAGAAACUAACAACAAGAAAAUGGGUGAUGAUGUUGUUGAAGAGAUCAUAGUGUGCAUCAAUGAUGAGCUUGUGAAGCCUACACUUGAAACACACCCUCUCCUAUCUAACUCACACAUUGAUGAGCAUUAACCAGAGUUUCAAUUACCCUUUUGCCUCAUUUUUGCCACCACCCCAUCACAUAAAUUGAGUUUGAUCUGAACAUUUACUGUUCCUACUAUUAAUUUCUACUGUACAAGAGAGCCCUUUUACUUAUAUUUUCUUGUUUUAACUUGAUUUUUUUUCCUUCCAUUUUUCCCUUUUUCUAUUUAAGUCCCCAUUAUGUAUUUAAUAAUGAAUGUAGAAUGAGAUAGAUAUAUUUAAUUUA